AUGGGGGGCAAGCAGAGCACGGCCGCCCGCUCGCGGGGCCCUUUCCCGGGGGUGUCGACGGAUGACAGCGCCGUGCCGCCGCCGGGGGGGCCGCCCCCCUUCGGCCAUUACCGGGCGGGCGGCGGCGGCGCCAUGGGGCUGCGCAGCCGCUCCGUCAGCUCGGUGGCCGGCAUGGGCAUGGACCCCGCGGCCGCCGGAGCCGUUCCCUUCGGGCUGUACGGCCGCGCGGCGGGGGAGGCCGAGCGGGCCCCGAGCGGCGGAGGACCGGGGACCGACUCCACGUACGCCCAUGGCAACGGUUACCAGGAGACGGGAGGCGGUCACCAUAGAGACGGGAUGCUCUACCUGGGCGCCCGGGCCUCGCUGGCCGAUGCGCUGCCCCUGCACAUCGCGCCGCGCUGGUUCAGCUCGCACAGCGGUUUCAAGUGCCCCAUUUGCUCCAAAUCUGUGGCUUCUGACGAGAUGGAAAUGCACUUUAUCAUGUGUCUGAGCAAACCUCGCCUCUCCUACAACGACGACGUGCUGACCAAGGAUGCCGGCGAGUGUGUGAUCUGCCUGGAGGAGCUGCUGCAGGGGGACACGAUAGCCAGGCUGCCCUGCCUCUGCAUUUAUCACAAAAGCUGUAUAGAUUCCUGGUUUGAAGUGAACAGAUCUUGCCCAGAGCAUCCUUCUGAUUGACCUGCUGGGCGUGCUUGCUGACUUCUCUCUAAGGGCACCUUGCUACCUGCUGUACCUCCUCUCCCCGUCCCUCCUGCCCCGCCUGGACUUUUGGGCUGACGUUCAAUUCCUCACAGAGGACAAAAACUCAAAAAAAAAUACAAAAAACAAAAAACAAAAACCAACCAACCAGAAACUUGAACCCACUCGGGACAACGGCGAAUUUUUUUAUUUUCUUAUUUUUAUUUUCCGUCUUUUUUUUUUUUUUUUUAAUUUAAACAUUAGGAAAAAACCAACCAACCAACCAACUAACCGCAACAGCAAACCUUGGAACAUCCGGGAGAGACAGUGUGAGAAGAGCAAAGCGACCCGCUCUCCCUGCAGCCACGAGGAGGGAUCCAGCACCGAGGGAGCCGCCGUCCUCGGCCCGACGCUGCCAUGAUGUUUGGCUUUUGUCCCCGCGCGGAGCGGUGCUGCCGGGGAAGCGGCCAAACGGAGCACGCGGCACUUCUCACCGGCUCGCCUGGCGCCCGCGGGCUCCGCUCGGUUUUUGCACUGACUACACGGGAAUUUCCUCCUCUCUCCCGUUCUCCCUUUUGGAGAUCUCCAGCCCGGCCCCGGCAGCGUGUGAUGGGGACUCUGCCCCACGCCGGGAGCGGGGCUGCCGCUCUGCCCCAUAGCGGGGUCUGUCUUUCAAGUGUUUACAAUGAGAAAAAAGGAAAAAAAAAAAAGGAACAAAAAAAAAAAAAAAAAGAAACAAAAACAACAACAACAACAAAAAAAGGAGAAAACCGACAAAACCGAGAAAAAAAAAAAAUUAUUAUUAAAUGAAGCUUCGUGUUGACUGGCGUGUUCUUCGAUUUGAGCUUCCCUGCCCCGGUGAUGUUUACAGACUGGUCACUCUUUAACUCAGCUAUAACCACUCAGAGACUGGACAGCCGCAGCAUCCCCGCCCCCCCGCCGUUGCCAAAACCUCCCUCCCUCCCAUCGAACCCUUCGAGGAGGGGACCUGGGGGUCCUCCUUGGGCCCCGCCAGCGGCCGGCAGGUGAGGACCCCCUGUUUUAUGGCCGUGCCCCCAUCCCCGUCCCCUCCUGGCGCGGCGGGCGCGUUGUUGUUGGUGAGACCUCCCCUGCCGGUGGCCGUGCCCCCGCGGGAAACGUUUCUGUAUUUAUAUAUUAAAAAAAAAAUGGGGGGGGGGAAACGAGUUCAGAGCUUGGGGGAGCUUCCUUCAUUAGUCAAGGUGUUUUGAUAUGGUAUUAAAAUAAUGUUCAAUAAAAUAUUCACUGUUA